AUGGGCGUUUACAGCAUCUACUGCGCCAUCUGCUCGGGCUCACUCAAUCGCUACGAGCUCGGAUCGAGCCACCCCGACGCGCUCAGAUACCGCCGAGCACACGUCGCGCGGCGGGUUUUCUGGCGGAACAAGGGCCUUGGGUAUUACUAUGACACGGAUGAUGAAGAGAAAGACGAAAGUGUAAAAAAUGAGCGCUUGCGGUGCAUGCAAGCUGCAGAUGAACAUCUAGAACAGCCGAAUGAAGUUGGAAAUGCCGACAAGGAUGAUGAGGACCACUCCUCGAACAAUGAGGAUGGUGAGGAGGGUCACUCCUCGAACGAUGAGGAUGUGGAAGACAGUUGCUCCUUCUAUGAGGAUCAAGAGCAGUGCUCUUAUGACCCGGCUCUUUUAUGUGAGGAGGAUUUUGAAUGGUUGCCACAAACUGGGGCUUUAGGGAUUUAUAAUAACCAUCCGAACGGGCCUAGGCACUUCAUUGCGACCGUGGACUAUGAUGAUUAUAACCUGGCACGCGUCCGCAACGUUGAUGAUGUCUGCUUCCCCUUCCACUGGAGCUGCUUCCAACUUCUGUCUCGCGCUCUGAAGGCCGGCCCUGAUAAUAAAGACAUCGAUAAGAAAGUGCUAUUUGAUGUCAUGGAAUCGCUUAAUUAUAACAACUGUCUUAAGCUUCCGUAUGGCGACAUGCAUGGCGCAGACCAGGACUGGGCUUGCAUUCCCGGUGAAGAGUACACGGUAAAAGAUCCGCUUGCUGACGACGCCUUCCAACCUUCGUUCUUGGAACACUGCACACUGGAUGACAGGGAUGAUAGCGCCAGAGGCAGAUCAUCUCAGCUCAGAACCAGGAUCCUCAGCGAUCCAUUCGACACUCUCCCCGCAGAGCUCACGUCUAUGGUCCUCUCUUACCUCAGCGGCCCGUCGCUCUUCGCCCUCCUCCAGGCCUCAAUGGCCGUCCGCUCGCAGACACAGUCGCAGAGUUUCUGGCAGCGCAAAAUCCGCGCGGACAUGCCUUGGCUAUGGGAGUUGUUUAGUCAAGAUACACAAGGCAUUGAUUUGCGUAAGGCGUACGUGUACUUUAUGAAGAAGACCAGGCCGCGAUAUGGGUUGGAUGAGCCUGACUGGCUGGCCCUUGCAAAUCGGAGGAGGAUAUGGGGUGCUUGUGAGGUCCUGGCGGAGAUGUAUAAGACGCAGAAAAAACAGGCCCAAGGGCAUAUAUGA